UUGUGUCAGCCGCAGUGAAAACAUCUGAAAAGACGAAAGAGACGUCAGACGAGAUGCUUCUUGGCCGCCGGAUGGCGGAGUCGCUGCCGCCGCCGCCGCCGCUGCUGCUGCUGCUGCUGCUGCUGCUGCUGCUGCUGCCAGCGGCUUGUCUGGCCCAGAGCGGAGAGGGCGACCCAGACCUGGAGGCCCGAAUCGGCUGCCUCUCACACAUCAGCACGGCAGAAUGCAGCCUAACCUGCAAACUGACCGGCGGCACGAACGAGGACGACGAAGACGACGACGCCGUGGAGUCCGUGACUGUCUGUUUCACCAAGCCCCUCCAGAACACUCCAGAGAAGAAGUUAAGAUGCCUGAGAGCGUCGGGAGAUUCGAUCACCUCUGCCGAGCUGAAGCCCCUGGCUCGUCUCGACGUGACCAUCCAGCUGAAGGGGGGGGCCGCCGUCAGAAGAACAGUCCAGCUCAAGAAAAUCGUCCAACCUCGAAGUCCCGAAGUGUGGAACGUGACCGUAAAGCGCGAGUCAAAUCAGGCCGUGUUUCACAUUCGGACCCCUUACCAGAACGACUACCUGAAAGUUGAAAAUCAGCUUUUUCAGCUGCGCAUUUGGAACUCCCGCAAGACCAUGGUUCAAAACGUGUCGGCGUCGGACCGGAUGGCCAUCGGCAUGGAUCGCCUCCAAAAAGACUUGAAAUAUCAGGUCAAAAUCAGAGCAAUACCGCUGAGUUUUCACAGGGGGAGCUGGAGCGAAUGGAGCGACCCCCUGACUUUCUCCAUUUCCGAUGUCCAGGCACGGAACGAAGAGAGAAAGUACGUGACAAGGAAGCUGAUUGUGUGCCUCCUCUCUUUGUUGGUGCUCACUUCCAUCUUGGGGGUCUUCUGGAAAAAAAAAAUAUUUCCUUACAUGUGGCCCAGCAUUCCGCAUCCCGAACCCGCACUGGUGCACAACUGCAAACCAAAUCAAGUGGCCCUUCUACUCAACUUAAAACCAGAGGAGUUCAGUGCGCUGAAAAUCUACCCGACGGUCGAAGCGUUUGAGCAGGAAAGACCUCUUGCUAUCCAUCGUGCGACCAGUGACAUCAUGCUGACCAGCGACCCCUGCAACAACCAAAACUCAGAUUGCAGCAUCAGCACGGAAGAAUUGGAAUUUUCCACCUCGCCCAGCAGCAGCUGCUCGGGCGGGCACGACAGCCUUCGGAGCUCGAGCUCGCCGCUGGUGGCCGCCGCCGCGCCGAGUCCCGGAGACUCGACGCCUCACGUGUUAGGAGCCUGUCAAAAGGAGGAGGAUUACGUCACAAUGUCCAGUUUCUACCAGAUUAAGUAGAGCUAAGAUGGUGGAGCUCAGGUCUGUCAAACCGCCAAAUGGAAACCAAGUAAGAGGCUGGUAAGCGGAAUUGAUGCAUCAAGACUUUUUUUUGGUGAGGGGGGAGGCAUCUCCUUCAAAUCGACAUUGGCUGCAAACACAACUAUGGAAUUCAUUUCUCGCGAUAUGAUCCGAACUGCAAUGUGAUCUGCAAUUUUGUGAGAUGAAAAAUACCAAAUAUUGCCAUUAAGUCGAGGGAAUGUGCUUCGUCUCUUGGCUUUGUUUUGGGUAGAUAUACAGUGCAGAAUUCAAAUAUGGCAUUGUUUUAUAAUU